AUGGACAUCGAUCAACACUGGACGGAUAAUGCCAUGGAAAUGGAAGCGGCACUUGACAACCUCACGCCUCACAUCACGAAGACUGCCGAAUACCCUGUCGCACGGGGCGGUUUUGGGGAGGUCUGGAAGUGCCUCUUACAAUCCACCAAGGGGCCCGUCAAGGUUGCAGUGAAGGCGUUCCAGAUGUACAGUGCCGCUGAGGCCAUUUCUACCAACGCUAAAAAUAUUAAACGUAUACGCCGUGAACUUGGGACCAGCGCGGGGCUCAGACACCCGAACGUUCUCCGAGUUUACGGCUACUCUUUGGGCUUCGGUCCCCUUCCCGCUAUAGUCACUCCCUGGGUUGAACAGGGAAACCUCUCCGGAUUUUUGGAGCGUGAAGGAUUAUCCCUCACCACAGCACACCGAUUCAAAAUGCUCAGAGCCAUCGCGUCUGGUCUGCAAUAUCUACAUACCAACAACAUCGUUCACGGAGACCUCACCGGGCCUAACGUACUCAUCCACGGCGACGGUUCCGCGUGCGUAGCUGACUUUGGACUUUCGCUCUUGGAUGCCCCAUAUGCAUCCUGGACUUCAAGGAUGAAGGGAAACCUCAGGUGGAUGGCACCCGAGCUUCUACGAGAUGACUACGGAACUCCGGUGCGCCCCACCAAGCGUAGCGACAUAUACUCUUUUGGGGGUGUCAUGUUACAAGUCAUCACAGGCGACGUACCGUUCCAUUAUCUACCAGAAUUUCCGAUCGUACUCAUGAAGUAUAACGCGGAGAUACCCAGCCGGGUUAAAUACCCAUCAUGCAACGAUGCCCACUGGAAUUUCAUAGAAGAAUGUUGGUCCACGGACCCUCUGAUGCGCCCAUCGGUGGAGAGUGUCGUCACAUUCAUCGGUCGUUAA